AAGUAUAAAAACCUUGAGUUGCUGGCUGAGGAUUCAGUCUUCCUUUCAAAGUGGACUCGCUUCAUUGCUAAGGCUAAGGAGCUUCUAUUCAACCCAAGAUGGGGAAUACCAAGCUCUGCCUUUUCUUGCUGCUGAGCACCUAUGCUGUAGCCCAAGACGUGGAGAGUGCUGAUGAAACUACUCCAACAUGUCUCUUGGCAAAACGGUACAAGAACUUCAGGAACUACGUGUACCAGUAUGAGGCCGACACCUACAAUACCGUGAACGGAGCGGCCAACAUCAAGAACGGACCCAAAGUCAGCUGUAAGGUGGAGAUUGAUGUCCCUCAGACAUGCAGCUUCGUCCUGCGUACCACCGAGUGCUCCCUGAGCGAGGUGGUGGAUGGUGUUGCCGAAGGCGCACCCAUCUACAAACCCGCUGCUGAGGCUGACGCCUUCCGUGCUGCCAUGGAGAAAAACACCCUGAAAGUUAUCGUUGAGGGUGAGACUGGAGUCAAACUGUUCCCUGAGCAAGAUGAGCCCACCAACAUCCUGAACAUCAAGAGGGGUAUUGUCUCUGCCCUGAUGGUGCCUGUUCUUGAGGAGGGCAAGAACAACAACAUGGCCACAGUCCACGGAAUCUGCAAGACUGACUUCAUAGUCAAUGCCAGAGAAGACAUUGCCACUGAAGUGGCCGUCACCAGGGAUCUGUCUGCCUGUGACAGCUUUGUGGCCCAGAGGGAAACCACCAGCCCCCUGGCCAUCAUCACUGGCAUGCACUACCCUCUGUCCAAGCUGAUCGAAAGCACCCAGACCUGCCACUAUCAGUUUGACAACCAGAAGAAACACAUGACCUCCGGCAUCUGCACUGAGAAGCACCUCUUCCUGCCUUUCUCCAACCAGAAUGAGUUUGGAGUCUCCUCCAUGGUGAAACAGACACUGAAUCUGCAGGGAACAAGCAAGAUCAAUGACAGAAUCUUCAGCUAUGAGGAGGCCAACCUGAAGACCCUUCCCAUGGAGAGUGCUGACGACAAGACUUCAAUCCAGACCACUGAGGCCAUGCUGACUGCCUUUAACGAGCUGGUCACCCUCCCCGACUCCCAGGGUCACCAGAGGGCAAGCAUGUUCCAGAAGCUGGUGUCCGAGCUCCGUGCGUUGACCUUCGAGACCAUGAAACCAGUCCUCAAGGAGAUGCUGGACACCUCCCUGCCACUAUCCUUCCAGGCUCUGUCCCAGUGCGGUACCCCCGAGUGCACCAGUGCCAUGCUGCAGACCCUGAGGUACUUUGAUGACGGUGCAUUGGAGGUUGAUGCCGCCACCUACGCCCUGGGAAUGCUGUCCCAUCCAUCCCGCCGUAUGGUCCAGGACAUGUUGGAGAUGGCCAAGCACAAGCAGAGCAAACCCAUCAUGUUCGCCCUGAGCAACGUGGUCAGGAAGCUCUACCAAGCUGAGGGCAAGGUCACCCCUGAGAUUGCUGCCGUCUAUGAGUUCAUGGCCUCCAUCGUUGGGGCCGACUGUGCUGGUGAUAAGGAACUGACCUUCCUCGCCCUGAGGGUUAUUGGAAACAUGGGAGAGGCCAUGGAAGCCGCAGGUCCCACUCUGAAGAGCAGUCUGCUGAAAUGCAUGAGACAGCCUGUCACCACCCUGUCUGUACAGAUGGCUGCCAUCCAGGCCUUCAGGCGUAUGUCCGUGACCGAUGAGGUGCGCUCCAACAUCCAGCGAGUAGCCCAGUAUGGUAAGGGUGCUGUUCAGAAGAGGCUGGCUGCCUACCUCAUCAUAAUGAGGAACCCUGAGGCAAGUGACUUUGAGAUGUUGAAGAAGAUCCUCACUCAGGACCAGAACGUACAGGUCAAGGCCUUCGUGGCUUCCCACGUCAACAACAUCAUCAACUCCAAGGACCCUGAGACCCAGAAGUUGAGCAAGGAGAUUGCUGAGGCCCUCGAGGGCAUUGAGAUUGAUGUCUCUGGUGACAUCACACAGUACUCCCGUAACUUCAAGAUGGAUGCCUCCAUGCCUCAGGACACCAUUCAGACAAGCAUGCAGGGCAACCUCAUCUUUGACCCAAGCAGCCAGCUCCCCAGGGAGGUUAUGCUUGAGACUACCCUGAAGGCCUUCGGGCAAAAGCUUGACAUCUGGGAGAUUGGCAUGGAGGGUAAAGGCUUUGAGCCAACCAUUGAGGCUUUGUUUGGAAAGAACGGAUUCUUCCCUGAUACUAUGUCAAAGGCCAUGUACUGGACUGGAGACAAGAUGCCAGAAAAGAUGGUUGAGGUUCUGGAGAACUGGGGAAUGUCCCUGAAGAGUGACAAACAGGUGCCCGAGAAUCUUGUGAGGGAAAUCGUGCGCAACUUCAACAAGCUGGCCAAGAACCUGAGAGCCCAGGAGGCCCCAGAGUCCAUGGCCUACCUGAAAAUCAUGGGAUCUGAGCUUGGAUACAUCAAAGCUAACGAGCUUAAGGACAUCGCUGAACAAGCCCUGAUGUAUACUGACAUCUUGCUGAUGACAAUGCCCAGACAUUACCUGAAGGAGUGGACCUCUGGCACUAAGAACACCAUCACUGCCUACUACAUGUUCAUGGACAACGAGUUCUCCCUGCCCACAGCCUCUGGCUUCCCUCUUAAAGUUGCUCUGUCUGGUACCUUUGUUCCCAGAGCUAAAGGAGGACUGAACAUCGCACAGUCUGUGAAGGAGCUGUCCUUCAUGCCCUCUAUGGGUCUGGAGUUCGUCACAAAGAUGGGAGUCCACAUCCCCAAAUUCAUGGAUUCUGGUCUUGAGAUGCACACCAACAUGUACCAUGAGAGCAGCCUCAAUGCCAAGAUCACCAUGGCCAACAACCAGAUCAAGCUGUCCAUUCCUGCACCUGAGGGUCCCACCCAGCUCUUCAGAGUCCGCAACAGACUCCUCUCUGUGAGCUCUGGCCAGGCCACCCUGAUCCCCUCGGUUUCUGAGGGCAGAACCAAUGCCCAUGAGUGCAACCCUCUCUUCAAGGGAAUGGAGUACUGCACCACAGUGCGCUACUCUAUGGCUCACUCUGACAAGGCUCCCUAUUUCCCCCUCAACGGAGAGACCAAGUUCGCUAUUGAAGUUCAGCCUACUGGUGAGGUCACCGAGUACACUGCCACCAUCACCUAUGACCUCCUUGCUGAGGGCAAAGAGGGUCGUCAGAAGGUCGAUUUGAUCGAGCUGGCUCUGAAGGCAGAAGGUGCUCAGCCCACUGUGGCCACCGCUGCCAUCAAGUACAACAGGAACAGGAAUAUCCUGACCACCAGCAUUCAGAUCCCUGACUACGAUGUGGAGGCAGGCAUCAAGGUUGGCAUGACUGACUCCAAGACCAGAGGAAAGCAGAUCACCAUUGACGUCAGCAACCACAAUAUUCCCAAGAUGUCCCUUAUUGGACGUGCCAAGAUGGAGGCCAUGAGGGAAGGUCUGGUGCAGCUGCAGCUGAUCGUGCCUUCACUGAGCACUGAUGCAACACUGACUGCCUCUCUGAAGAGGGAUGGCAACCUUACCCUGGAAGUUGAGAGUGACAUCAAGCUCCCAGAGAUCUCCUCCUUGCAGAAGGUCACCUUCAUCUACAGAGAGGAGGACAUGGAGGUGCAAGUUAAAUCCGAUGUGAGCACCGAAAUCCAGAAGAUGCUGCCAAGCACAGAGGCUGUCCAGAACUGGCUCCAGCAAUUCAGCCAGGACAUCUUGGACCAGAAGGUGGUCAAAACUGACAUGAAACUGCGUCACAUCUACAACAAAGCUAUUGAGGCUUCCCAGAUCUGGAUGGACAAGGUUGCCACUGAUGCCCCAUUCAUUGCACAGCUGAGAGAGAACAUACCAGAACUAGUCGUUCCUACCAUGCCUGAGAAGCUGUAUCUGCAGACGGAGGGUGCAUUGAAGUACCACUUCAACAAGGACACAAUGACUGUGACCAUUCCCCUGCCAAUGGGUGGAAAGACCUCUGAGGACCUGAGAAUCCCUCCUGUUGUGUCCACCCCUGAGCUGUCUGUCGACCAGGUUGGUCUGAAGGUUCCAUCCAAAGAGUUCACAAUCCCAGCCUUCUCCAUCCCAUCUGAGUACGACCUCACCCUGCCACUUUUCGGAAUGGCUGAGGUGUCUGCCAAGGUCAACAGCAACUACUACAACUGGGAGGCCACCAUCUCUGCUGGCAAAGACUCUGAGGAGGGUCCAGCCUACAACGCCAAGUACAGGAUGGCAGCUGACAGUCCAAUUGAUAUCCUGUCCUACACCACUGAGGGUACUGCAAGAAUUGCUGAUGCACCUCUGGAAACUCUGAAGACCACUGUGACUUUCUCCCUGAACCACAAGUACCUUGACACUCGAGCCAACUUCGCAGAGGCCAUCAUAAUCCAAGAUACUGUGAAGGCAACAGGCCAGUAUGAUAUUCAAGCAGUCAGCUCUCUGGGCAUGCAGACAUCCCUGAAGUGCACUCUUCAGACCUCCAUAGCCUCUGAGAUCAACGGAGAUCUCAACAUGGAUGGAUCAUUCACUCUGGGUUCAGUCUCUGGUAGCACAAGUCUCUCUUCCACCUACCUUGUAAACCCCAGCAUCAAGGAAGCAACAGCCGAAUCAACGUUCAGAAUGAGCUCUCCCAUCGCCCAAAUUCGGAACAAAAUGAAGAUGUCUGUUAGCCCAGACCAGAAGUCCUUUGUGUCCACCACCAAUGUCAACCAUGAACCGAUCAAGCACACAACCAAGCUAAAUGUUGAGUACAAGGAUGCUGAGUUCACAGUGAAGUCUGACUGUAUGACCAAGGCUGCUGAGAGGAUGCUGCGCAACCAGUUUGACCUUUCUGCCACCAUGGAGAAAGUUAGCAUGAGGUUUGACUCCCAGGUUGAUGACAAUACAAACCGUGCCAUGGCUGCCACCAUGGCAUCCCUGGACCACAAUGGCCUGGAAAUUAAUUCUGAUGCAUCAAUCAACUAUGAAGAAAACCGUAGCGCCCAAAAGGGUGUCCUGCUGCUGAACAGAAAUGGCCUGACCACAAGCUGCACCACCAACCUGCAGAUCCUUGCCCUGAAUCUGGAUAAUGCUGUCCAGGGUAGCAUUGACUCAACUGGUGCCACCAUGUCCAUUUCCGGCAAAGGAACCUUCCAGGAGAACAGUGCUGAACUGAAGGUUGAUGGCAAGGCUGGUAUCUCAGAGGCACAUCUUAAUGGCUUGUUCAAAGCCGAUCUCUUCAAUGCCAACACCAGGAACUUGGUGAACUUCCGUCUGAAUGAAGAUGGCCUGGUCCUCUCCAACAGCAUAGCCGCAUCCUACAAUGAGAUCCACACAGACACCACUCACUCUCUGAAGAUCAACCUGGGAUCACUGAAGUUCACCUCAGUGUCUGAAAAUGUCAUCACUGAGAGCAACUCCUACAAGCAUGACAUUUCCCUUGAUGCAGAGAGAUACAUUUUGGCCAUAAAUGUGAACAACGAUCUCAAGAUCCUGGAUGCCAACUUCAUCAAUAAUGCCAAGUUCAAUGCAGAGCCUUUCACGAUGGCAGCCACUGGCCUACUGAAGGGAACCUAUGGUGAAGAAGAGCUGAGACAUACCUAUCAGAUCACCUUUGCUGGCAAGACUGCCUCUGCCAAGUGCACCAGCAACGGAAAACUCCUGGGCGCCCAGAUGACCCACAGCUCUGAACUGGAGAUAGUUGCACUGUCUGCCAAGUACAACGGAGAAGCUCGUUUCAACUCCCCAGUGCUGCGUCUCUCAGGCAGUGUGGCCACCGAUGUGGUGCCCUUCAGGGUUACUGUUGAUGGCAUCGUCAACUCUGAUGGGGAGCUGAGCCUGUAUGGAAAACAGACAGGAGAAUUGUACAGCAAGUUCCUCCUCAAGGCUGAGCCUCUUCACCUCACACAUUCACUCGAAUGCCGGGCCUCCUCCUCUCACCAGCUGGACAAUGGAGUCUCCGUGGAAACCAGCUUCCAGAACAAGAUUGACAGUCUUUUGGUUCCAGAGGAGCAGACCAUCUCAAUGAAGAUGGAAACCAAGGUGAACAACCACGCCCUCAACCAGGAGCUCACUGCCUACAACAAAGCUGAUGGAAUGGGCAUGGAGACAUCAGGCACUCUCUCUACCAAUCUUCUGAACAAGGAUGGUGACAACAACCAAGAUUUUGCCAUCUCUGGUUUCCUGAAGUACGACAAGAACAGCGAUAGCCACUUCAUUGAGAUGCCUCUCAUUAAUCACCUGCCAGAAAUCAUGGAACAGCUGAGCAUGACUCUUCAGAGGCUGACAGGAAACACAAUUGAGAUGCUGGAAGAGGUUGAUGCCAAGUACAGGAUCAGGGCUACUUUCGAAGAAAAGACAAGUGAUCUGAAAGACAUCAUUGAGAGCUUCGACAUGAACAUGUUCAUCCAGGACUUGAAGAACUUCAUCAACGCCAUUAACCUUAACAAGUACGUGCAAAGUGUGCUUGAGGUUAUUCCCACUGAGGAAAUUACCAGGGUCUUAAAAUCCAUCUGGGAUGCAAUUGUCACUUUGGUCAAGAGAAACAACAUUGUUGAAAAAGUGAAUGAAAUCUACGUGAAGGUUGAAGAGAUUGUGGCUCAGUAUGAGAUUGAGAAUAUGGUUGAGGAAGUCAUGAAUAAUGCUGUGGAGAUGAUGAAGCAAUACAAGGUGAAGGAAGCAAUGCAAUCGGCAGUUGACACUUUGAAAUCUGUUGACUACACACCACUGCUGGAGAAAUACACAGAGAUGCAGAACAAGCUUGCAGAGGAACUGAAGGCAUUCGACUUCCAGCAGAUGAUGGAUGACCUCAAAGAAUAUGUGGCUAGAAUCCUUGAGAACAUCAAGUCUAUUGACUUUGAAAGCUAUGCUGAUGUGGCAAAACAAAGGCUUGUUGAGAUGAGCCGUGUACCUUGCUUUGGUAAGCUUUAUGGUGAGUUUAAAAUCACUUCCCCAGAGCAUAACAUGGCAACCACAGCUGAGUUCCGGAACUCUACAACCACAUCUGAAACCCCAGAGUUUAGCGCCACCCUCAACUCUCGGCUGACAUCUACCUUUGACCUCUUGGCAUACAACCUGGAUGCCACUGCUCACAUUGCUGCCCCUAAGAGGAACCGCCUGUCUCUCACUGAGUCUGUCAAAGUGAACCACAUGUCCUUCUCUGUGGACCACCAGGGAGACACAACCUCCUACGGUACCACAGGUCAGGCCUCUGUCAAGACAACCGUCAAGGCAACUACUGAGCCUUACACUGCUGAGUUUGUCAACAAUGCCUUCCUUGCAGUAGAGAGUGGAUUUUCCACCACCCUGGAGACCUCCUACAACCACAAAGUGAACAUGCCAGUGGCCAACAUCUUUAGUGAGACCACAAUGACCCAGAAGACUGUUGCACAGCUCGAGGCUGGUACCAUCACUGUGACAUUGGGCAAUGAGGCAAGUGGAAAAUGGGCCAUCUUUGAGUACUCUGAAGAGGGCACCCACAAAAGCGACCUGGAAAUUGUGAUGAACACCGAAACUGCCAAGACGACCUUCUCUGCUGUGACCAACAGUGACCUCCUUAAAAUGAAGCAGAACAUGAAUGCUGAGGUCACACCUUUCUCUCGCAUUAACAUUGAUGCACGUGCUGAGACAGAGACCUCCUUCAUCAAGAGCAGCAUCGUGGAGGUGAAGGCUGAAGCUCAAGUGGAGGAGCCCAAAUUUCAGCUGACUGCCACCCACAACACUGAGAUGACUGGUAGAAUUGAAGGACUCAUUGCCAACUCACUUGAAUUUGAGGUCACACCCUUCGAGGUCCGUUUUGACUGCAAGAACAAGGAGAACUCAAAGCUCUCUCUCCCCAUGAAGAUGUCUGGAAAGGUUGACCUCCAGAAUGACUUUGCUGUUACCAUCAACCCUGCUGAGCAGAAAGCCAGCUGGACAGGCCUUGCACGUUUCAACCAGUACAAAUAUUCCCACUUCUUCACCAUGGCCAACGGUGAGACGGAAAUGCACGUCUUUGCAACCCUCAAUGGUGAAGCUAACCUUGACAUGCUGAUGGUUCCCAUUGACAUUCCUGAAAUGACUGUUCCUUUCAUUGGAAUGACCACCCCAUCUGUGACUGGGCUGUCCCUCUGGGAAGAUGCUGGUCUGAGGAAAAUCCUGAUCACCCCUCAGCAGACCCUCAGCCUGGACUCCAAGCUGAAGUACAUGAAGAACCCUGAGAUGAUGACAGUUGAGAUUGACAUGGAGCCAAUGUUCAAUGUUCUGCGCAAACACCUGGAGCAGGGCAAAGACAAGGCUGCUGACAUUCUCUCCACCUCUUACAACCAAGCCAAGGAGCAGUAUGAGAAGCUUAACAUUGAAGUGCCUCAGACCAUCCCUGUGCCUGACUUCAGUAAAAUCACCAUGCCAACUCUGCGCAUGCCAGCUGCCCUCCGGAAGAUCCACCUGCCCAACAUGCAGCAGACCCUCCUGAUCCCCACCAUCGGUGACCUGAACUACGAGUUCUCUCUGAAGACCUCCAUGGUCACUCUGAAUGCAAAUGCUGAUCUCCUCAACCAGGAUAACAUCAUUGCACGCUUCAAUGGCCAGUCUGCCUCUGAGUUCCCCAUCCUGAACGCAAAGUCCUCUGGCACCUCAACCCUCAACAUUGCUGAUGGUAUGAGCCUGGGCACCACACUCUCCUUGGAGCACGCCAUUCUCGAGGGUAGCCAUACUGGCACCAUCACCCUCAACAAGGAAGUCACAGAGGCAUCCAUUGCAAAUGUUGCCAAGAUCAACCUGCCCUCAGUGGCUGUUGAGAUCCACCAGGAGCUCACUGGAAACCCUGUGGAGGGUCUGACCAUAUUCAUGUCCUCCCCAAGUGCUGGUCUUCUUGGAGUUCAGAUGCAGACAAAGAGUGCAACCAACCUGAAUGGCAGGCUUUACAGCAGAUAUCCGUCUGAGCCUCAAACUGAUGUGGACAUUCUGGGCAUUGAGAUGAAUGUUGUUGACUCCAAUAAGCUGAACAUCCAGACAAGCUGGAACAUGGAGGUGCCACGUGAGAUGCUUCUUAACAUUAAGGAGAGAGUGCCAGAAAUCACUUCUACAUUCGACAUCAAGGACAUGAUGAUCGAACAAGCUGAUGCUGCCUAUGAAAUGAUCCACAAGUUCCAGGUUUCUCUUCAGCCUGCUGUUGAGUACCUCAAAGAACAGGGAAAUGUGAUGUAUGACAGAGCAGCAGAGAAGAUUGCUGAUGUUGACCUCACUGAAUUCAACAAAAAGAUAUCAGAAAAUGCCAUGAUCCUCCUGCAGAAGUAUGAGAAAUUCCUCCAGACCCUGCUGAAGGCCGCAGUCACCUUCCUGGAGCAGACCAAAUUCCAAGUCCCUGGUUACACUGAGAAGCUGUCUGUCUUUGAGAUCUACAGAGAGAUCAGCACCUUUGUUGGUGACUUUACUGAAGAUGCCAUCACAAGGAUCCCAGAGAUGCUGGCGUCCUACAGUGAGGCUGCAAUUGAGUACAUCAGAAAUGUUGAGUUCACAAUCCCUGGGUCCACCCACAUCGUCAGUGGAAGAGAAAUCUUGGAUGACCUGACAACUGCUUUCCAGAAGAUCCAGAGCCAAAUUAUCACCACUGUGAAGGAUCUCAGCAACAUCAAGCUGGAGACCAUUGUGCAACAGCUCUCUGUGUUCAUGCAGACCAGCAUUGACACAGCAAAGGAAUUCAUCACCACUCUGGCAUCACAAGAUUUAAACCGUGUGUCUGCUUGGGCCAAGGAUGUGUACGCCGAUUUCAUCAACUCCGGAAUCUUCCGUGUCAUCACUGAUAAGGCCAGGGAAGCUAUGAGUGUUGCUGAGCAGUACUACACUCAGCUGAAAUCUAGGUUUGAUGAGAUCUUUGUCAACUUUACCUUUGAGCAGCUGAAUGCAGACAUUCAGGCCUGGAUUCAGUCCAUCAUCGAGCGCCUGAAUUACCUCCAGAACAACAUCGCAGCGACCCUGCAAGAGGUUUCAAAGAAAGCCAAGGCUCACGUGACAGUGAGUUAUGAUAAGAUUGAUGUCACCAUCCCUCUCCCCCUCAAUCUUGCAUAAAUCUAUGGACUGCUAUCAUGCUGUAUCAAGCUAUAACCUACUGUCUACUGAAUGUGAUAAAAACUGUCACCUACCUGCCUGAAGUGGCUUGAAAUGACAGCAAAUGUAUUAAACAACCAGUAUGCAAUAAGAAUAUACUUCCACCUUA